CGGGUCCCAGCUAGCGAUCUGACCUCGCCUUCCGGUUCAGCACGGACCGACCCAAACACACCGACUCUUGCAGGGACGGACCCCAUGGCUGCAGGAGCGCCCGGGAUGGUGGAGCUGGGCUUCGCCGAGGAGGCACCGGCCUGGAGGCUGCGUAGCGAGCAGUUCCCCAGCAAAGUGGGCGGGCGGCCCGCGUGGCUCGGCCUGUCGGAGCUGCCGGGACCCGGGGCGCUGGCGUGCGCGCGCUGCGGCCGUCCGCUCGCCUUCCUGCUGCAGGUGUACGCGCCGCUGCCCGGCCGGGACGACGCCUUCCACCGCAGCCUUUUCCUCUUCUGCUGCCGCGAGCCGCCGUGCUGCGCCGGCCUGCGAGUUUUUCGGAAUCAGCUACCAAGGAAAAAUGCGUUUUACUCCUAUGAGCCACCUUCUGAGACAGGAGCUUCAGACACCGCGGAUUCUGUGUGCUUCCAGCUUAAGUCGGGAGCCCAUCUCUGCAGGGUGUGUGGCUGCCUGGGCCCUAAGAUGUGCUCUAGGUGUAAGCAGGCACAUUACUGCGGUAAGGAGCAUCAGACACUAGACUGGCGGCUGGGACACAAGCAGUCUUGUGCAGAGUCAGAUCAUUUAGACCAGACAGCCCCAGACCACAGCUUCCUGUUUCCAGAAUUUGAAAUUGUAACAGAAGCAGAAGAUGAGGUUAUACCUGAGGCUGUGGAAAUUAAAGAUUACUCUGAAGUCACAGAAAGCAUGGGGAGAAUACUUGAGGAAGAACUAGAUUCCAUGGCAAAGCAUGAAUCCAAGGAAGAUCACAUUUUCCAAAAGUUUAAAUCCAAAAUAGCCCUCGAACCAGAGCAGAUUCUCAGGUAUGGAAGAGGCAUUAAACCCCUCUGGAUUUCUGGAGAAAAUAUCCCUCAAGAAAAAGAUAUUCCAGAUUGCCCCUGUGGUGCCAAGAGGACAUUUGAAUUCCAGGUCAUGCCCCAGCUGUUGAACUACCUAAAGGCAGACAGACUGGACAGAAGCGUGGACUGGGGCAUCCUGGCAGUCUUUACCUGUGCUGACAGCUGUAGCCUGGGCAUUGGCUACACAGAGGAAUUUGUGUGGAAACAGGAUGUAACAGACACACCUUGAAAACUGUUGAAUUCUUUUUUUAAAGGGGGGGGGGUGGGGUUCAAGAUGGGUCUGUGUGUGUGGCUCUGGCUAUCCUGGAACUAGCUUCGUUCCAAGUGUUGGGAUUAAAGGCAUGCACUACCACU